CCAGAAUGUAAUAGUCAGCGCGCUGGUUUUCGGAUGUCCAAAGAAGAGUUCCCGACAUCAGGUUGUGGAGCGAGACAUCACACCCCCUGUGGGCGUGUCUUAGAGUAGGUUUUUGCCCUAAUACCCUACCCAACCGCUAUCAAACCCACGACCCGCCUUUAGCUCCUCAAGGUUUAAUUCCCUGUCGCGAGCACCAUUCCGAGUGGGACGGACUAACCAUUUACCUGCGGCCAUGGAUCUCCAUGCGGGGAUGAAGCGAAAGCUCUCGCAAAUCAGCAAGACCAAGCCCAAAGCAGACCAUGAGGUUAACGCAGAAUUAGACAAUAACGCGGACGAUUCUAGCCGACUAUUCUUCCACAGCGCGGAAUCUCCGCGCGAGCCCGCAAGCGGAAGGCCCCCGGGCUCCGCGCCUUAUCUAAAAUCCGCGCUGAAAGGCGGAAAAGGGGGCGAGAAGGGAGAAAAGGACCCCCGGGGGAAGGGCAAGGGGAAAGCAGUGGGUUUUGCGGACGAGGAUCGGGGGGGGGACGGAGGGGAGGCGGAACAUAGAACUGGGGGAAGGGAGGUCCGCCUACCGACUGUUGCGGAGGUUCCUGGCGGAGAUUCCGCGGAACCAGGGGGCGGAGCAGAAGGCGAGGAUCAAGGGGGAGGCGGAGAGGGAGGGGGCGGCGGGGGAGGUGCGGGGGAGCAAGGGGGAGGCGGGGCGGGAGGGGAAGCGGGUGGGGGGAUGGGGCGGGAGGAGGAGGAGGAGGAGCAGGUGGGGCUGGAUCUCGACCUGACGAGAGUGCCGGCUAUGAGUCCCGCCGCCAUGCAGGAGCUGCUGGACCGCUUCACGCCGGAGCAGAUGAACCGCUAUGAGGCGUAUCGACGGUCAGGAUUCAAGCAGGCCAGCAUGCGGCGGCUGGUGCACGGUGUGGCGGGUGCAACCGUGAGUCCGCAGCUGGGCAUUGUGAUGGCGGGCGUGGCGAAGCUCAUGGUGGGCGAGCUGGUGGAGACGGCUCGCCUGGUCAUGGGCGAAAGGGGCGACGAGGGGCCCAUCCGACCCACCCACAUCCGCGAGGCACAUCGACGGCUCAGGAUGGAGAAGAGAGUGCCCGUGCGAUCUCGGCCGCCGCUUUUUCGGUGACCACUAGGCCUGCAGGAUAGGAAGCUUGUCAUUCCAGCAGCCGCUAGCCGUUUCCACGGCGAGAGCUGGAAAUGCGAGAUCUUGAGCUGUAAAUUGUGUAAACCGGCUUGUGCCCAAGGCAUCUGAAUGUGCAUCACCAUGACGUGUCUCAAAGGCUGCAUCGAAUCGAACCCCCGGUCCAGUUUCCUUCCUCAACCAGGGGUUGACGCCUUAUGAUUUCUUGACCUCUCCCUUGGCACACAAUGUAUGUCAAACAUGUGUAUCUCUAAUGUUUGCAUAGACUGUAUAGGGUCACCUCUUAGAGGGUACAACACUUAGGUAUAUUCACUUGUACUCUCUCACUACUCC